ACAGUGUAACCUUAUGUCAGGCACGGGGUAGUCGCGUAGCCAGCAAACUCACCAGCGCGAAAGAGAAGCGCAGGCGAAGGCUCUUCCUAAACUGGACAAAGGAUACGGGAUAGUAGAGAAUGACAGCAUUCCCUGGAGUAGUUUGAUCAGAAGUGGGCACCGUGCAUCCAUCACACCAGCAGGCGAGACGUGAACCGCUGAAACGUUUGUUUUUACACGACCGUGUUAUCAGGAUACACGGUGCCGAUGCCCCAGACGCAGCUGGAGUGGCACUGAGCCUGAGAGAAAGAGACGAGCCCUCGCACCGCGCCGAACGCCGGCCCCCUUCUUGAAGGGCAACCGGGGCGAAAGAAGACAGAGACAGACAGAGAGGGAAAGGGUGCAAAAAGACAAAAAGGGAACCUGUCUACAGCCCUUCCCCCACCCCCAUCCCCUUACCCCCCCCGACAUCAUACCCUCUUGCAUCUGGUUUCGUGAAGGUGGCAAAAUUACCUCAGCUGUGCGCCUUCCUUCGAACGCUUCCUGUACCAGGUGUGGUGUGGAGAGUGGAGCGCUUUGGGGAGUCUCUGGAGAGACGGGAACCCUCCGCCUGUCAGUCUGAGUCCUCCCCUCCCCUCCGCGCCCCCACCCCCACCCACGGCUGCACCAUGACCACUGCGGUCCAGCCCAACGAGCUCGUCUUUGAGUUUGCCAGCAAUGGGAUGGAUGAAAUCAACCAGUUGGACGAUCCAUCAGUCUUCCCGGCAGUGAUUGUGGAGCAGGUACCUGCUGCUGACCUCAUGCAGGUGUAUUCAGGGCUUGAGGCUGACGAGGUCACCAAUGGCAUCAUGGUAGACACAAUACAGGAUGUCGUGGAGGAGAACAUUAUGGUGGGAGAUGUAGGCCUGUCUGUGGAGACUCCCGUGUCAGGAGGAGAAGAUAACAUGGAGACCAUAGAGGCAGCUGAAGCUCUGCUGAACAUGGAGUCUCCCAACAACAUCCUGGACGAAAAGCGCAUGAUUCACAGUUACGGAUCUCUGCUGGAAACCGACCUGACGUACAUAUCUCUGCGACCAGAUUGCAUGGACGUCUCUCUGGAUGAAUCUUCCAUGGAUGAGGUUCCUCAGAAGAGUCCCUCCAAACCACCCAGGAAAAACAAAAUGCGCAAACCCAGAGCUGUGCGAUCCUGCUCGCCCAUCACCAAUCCCGCUCUCCCGCUGAAGAAAAAGAGCAAAGAGGGCAAAGGUAACACAAUUUACCUGUGGGAGUUUCUCCUGGCUCUGCUGCAAGACAAGAACACCUGUCCCAAAUAUAUUAAGUGGACGCAACGAGAGAAGGGCAUCUUUAAGUUGGUGGACUCCAAGGCUGUGUCCAAGCUGUGGGGCAAACACAAGAAUAAGCCUGAUAUGAACUACGAGACCAUGGGAAGAGCCCUCAGGUAUUACUACCAGAGGGGCAUUCUGGCCAAGGUUGAGGGCCAAAGGCUUGUUUACCAGUUUAAGGAGAUGCCCUCUGACCUGGUGAUCAUUGACGAGGAGGAGGGCCAGUGUGGAGACUCGGGCCCCGUCUACGGAGGCCAGCGCUCCACGCCUCACGGGCGAGGUGUGGGCCGUGGGGCGUCGCGCGCCCAGGGGAAGGGCUCGGGCCACACGCACGCAAAGUCGUUGAAACGGGAGCAGAGUCCCAACCUGGUGUACCAGAGCACCAACGGCAAACAGAGCGAGUCACUACUGCAGACGGUCCACGUGCUUCAGCCCAACCAGGGCGCGGCCGUCCCUGCUCCCACACAGGCUCUGAGGACAAUUAACAUGCCUCCCCUUGUCCUAACAUCUGGACCACAGGGAGGAGCCCCAGUCACCCUGCAGACUGUGCCUUUCUCUUCUGUCCUGGCUAAUGGGGACUCCUCCACCCAUGGCUCGCCUCCGCGAGUCAUCCUGCACACAGUGCCUUCCUCCAGCCCUGGGAGCAAAGAUGUGCUGACCAUCCAGACUGCCUCUCUGACCACAGACAGCCUCACCACCCAGCAGCUCCUGGUGUCCAGCCUGGGCUCGGCCGGCGCCGGUGUCAUCAGCCCCACGGUGCAGCAGGCUGGCUCCCUGAACGGCCUCACCCGCCUGGUCACGCUUAACGCCAGCGGGCAACCGGUGGUAGCCCAGCAGCCAGGCACGGUCAUCGCCACCGUGCUGAAGCCUAGCGAGCUGCAGGGCCUGCAGGUGAAAGAGGAGAUCCUGGACCCACAGUACCUCCAGUCCCUGGUUGACGGCUGCCCUGCACCGGCUGCGCACUUCUGCAAGGAAGAGAUGGAGGCGGGGGUGGCAGAGCUCAGCCACAGGACCGUGAUCGUGGGCGCCACCAGCUUGGGCCACAUGGUGAACGGACACUCGGACAUGGGCUCAGAGCUGGCCAGCAGCCCCAGCGAGGGCCUCACCCCUGUGGAGGAGCUGGAGGUGAAGGAGUAGGUCGCCCUUCAGCCUCAGGCCACAGCCAAAGAGUUAGAGGAAAUGCUCGUCACUAUUUCCCAGUUCAUCUAGGUAAAGCCGGAGCUCUCUGAGACCUAAGAAGUUAACCAGGUCACAAAACUGUGGACACAAUCACCUAAUGAUUAAAUAAAUUCAGUGAAAACUGCUGGCAGACUAAGGACUAUUGUUUACUCACAUUUAUUGUGAUAUUGUGCCUAAAUCUGAAUGUUAAGGGAUAGUUGUGUGCUAGAGUUCUAUUGGCUGCCUUUCUGGUACCACAUUCCACCUGCCUCACCAUCCCCCCAAAUCAGAGAGCAGCCGUUUAUCACACCAGGGAUAGUUUCACCGCUUGUGCCACUUCAGACAUGUCUGUUUUAAUCAGUUUCAUCUCCACAGCCUUUUGCGGUU